AUGGCUUUGAAUCACGUGUCCAGACUUUGCAGAAAUGUGAAGGAAUCCAUUGAUUUCUACACCAAGGUUCUUGGGUUCGCUUUGAUUGAGCCUCCUCAAGCUUUUGACUUUAAUGGUGCUUGGCUGUUUGACUAUGGAGUCGGGAUUCACUUGUUGCAAUCCAAAGAUCAUGAUCAAGAUAGAUUUAGUUUGGCUGUAUAUGUGAAGAGGAGUGUCGAGGAUGAAGAAAACGGGAUGGCCAUUGACCAACUCUUGAUGUUCAACGACCCAUAUGGGUUCAUGAUCGAAAUACGUAAAUUUGAGAAUCUGAAGCUUGUCCCAGCAGCUGGUUCCUUGGGUAAAAUAAAGCGCUUCCUUUUGAUAGGCACAAUCCGCCUGUCGAAAUGGAAAGCCAGCAUAAAUAAGAUCAUAGAUUAA